AUGCACUGCGCACGGAUAAGUUUAACAUCUUCUUCGAUUCCCUCUUCUUGUGGUCUUUUCACGGAUGAAUCGCGUGAGACUCGCCGGGAUCGUUGUAGAGUUCAACAACAACAACAACCCUCUAUAUAUGGAUUACACAAAGGAUUGGAGAAGAGGAAACAAUUAAUGCAGACAAGUAAGAAUAAAGGAAUGCAGAAGGAAAAUUCAGAAGUGGAUGUAAGUGUGAGUGUGAGUGUGGAAGAGUCUGAUGAGAUUGGAAUACAGGGAAAAGAAAAAGUAAAAGAAAAAGAAAGAAAAAAAACAAAGAACGAGAAGGAUAUGAUGAUGUACAGCGAACAGGCCACUGUUGUGAUUAUGGCAGAAAGGGAAAGAAACGGCUCUUCACUCCCAUUGUCGUCUACACUGUAUACAGGCUGUAAUCCCACACCGCGGGUGUAUGAAUUGUGUGAAUCCUCUACAUCUGAAUUUCUAUCAUCACCAACACCAACAGCAGCAGCAGUAGCAGAAGUAGUAAUAUCCCAAGAACAACAACAACAACAACAACAACAGUGUAAAUAUACAUAUAAACAAGAGAAGGGUUGUUUGGUAGAUACAUGGGGUACUGCAACGAUGGAGAGUACCCUUCAAUCUUCAAUGGAGGUGAAUCGAACAACAAAUGGAGCUGCCUUUGCAUUUCCAAAUUUUACCCCGUUGGUUGAUUCCCCGUUGUCUGUACGUAGAUACUCAGGCCUUUUGGUUGAACAACAAUCACAACCACCACUAUCACAACAACAACAACAACAACAAGUUCAAUAUCCACAUUGUAAGCCGCAUAUUGCUCGCAGGUAUCAAGUAACCAGCAAUAAAGGGAGUUUACUCAGUAAGAAUGUAUACAUUGAUCAUACGGAUGAAAACGCUUUAAAUUCAGAGAGCCGUAUCAUGUGGCGAAAUGAACACGACAAGCAUAGUGAAUGGUUACCUUUAGUUCAACAUAACAAAUCAGAUCAUGUUCCUGUAGAUCAGAUCUCUACACUCUCGCAGAUACAACUUCAGUUAAGUCCUGAAGUGGGGAGUAUGGAUAUGUAUGCAGGGCAUUGGAAUGGUUCCCACACUCCACCACCACCAUCAUCACUACCACUACCACCACCAUUAUUGGAUACAUCAACGGAAUUGAUGUCGCUUCAACAAAGCAGUAUAAGGUGUCAAUGGUUAGAUCCAGAUUAUGUGGGACGUCCUCUGCAACUUGUACACAGAAACAACUGUUUGGAAGAUAGUGCUACUAACUUGUAUGGGAAUAUAGUGGAGCCAAGUACACAGUUACCAGGGAAGGUACUUUUUCCCUCAUUUGCCUCCACUCAUGUUGUUAAUAAUGAGGAUUUAACGCAUGAGGAGGAAGAGGAGGGAUGGUUCCCAUGUGUCUUGGUAAACGAUCAGUCUUCAAAGCACACAGAGGAUGGUAAUAACAAGAAUCAGAAAAAGAAUAAUAGUAGUGAUAGUGGUGGUGAUGAUUAUGAUAAGAAUAAGAAGAAGAGUAAUAAUAAUGAUAAUCAUAAUGAUGAUAAUAACGCUGCAGCAGCUGAGUUGGAAUCUGGUGAGGAGCCACCGCUGGAUAUGCCUCUCUGUUUAUCUGUCUCCACAUUAGGGGCAUAUGGAUUAGCCUCACCUCUCAAACAGUCCCCCUUUUGUAAUACCCGAGAUGAAUAUAUUGGUUCUCGUAUUCCUACACAAAAUGAAAGUCUUCGUGGUGUUUACUUGCGGCAUUAUCCAAACAGCAGCGCACGUACAACCUCUUUCACUCAAUUUGAUAACAUCGCUGCUACUACUACUACUACUACUGCAGCAUCCCCAACAAGAACAGCAACAGCGGCAGGAGGAGGAGGGGAAAGUGCAACUUCUGCUAAUAUGCAGAUGGAUCGCUCACUGGAUGCCCUCUUUAAAGUGAUGGAUGUACCGAUAGAAAUGCAAUUGCGAAAGGAACGACUUAUGGAAGGGGCAAGGCCAACCACAAUCUCACUUGCGGAAUCCAUGAUCUUUACAGAUAGUCCACUCAAUUUCACCGUUCGUUCAGAUUUCCUGCAGUCCGUCUCAGAGCGAGAGAGUGUCCCUCUUGAGGAGGAUGAAGAGAAGAAGAAGAAAGAGAAAGAGGAAAAAGUGAAAGAGGAUAAAAAGAAGAAGAAAGAAGAGAAAGAGAAAGAGGAAAGUCAUAUAAUAGAAAACGUGGCUGACGGCGGUGUUGUGAACAGUGGCCUCUCAAAACCGGAGUGUAUUUCUCUCUUCACAGACCACGGCAAUUCUCAUCUACAUAAAGCGGCUAUGGCGGCUGCGGUGAGUGCUGUUGGGGCGAUGGAUAAUAAAUCCUUAUCUCCAAACAGUAUUGUUUGGAGUCCCGUCACUCAUUCAAUUCGCCGCAGUGGCAGUUAUGGGAUUCGAGAUGUUGGGAUGUUUACACCGCACUGCAGUGAACACACAGGGUGUCAUUCCUUAGCAGAUAUGAAACGAUUAGAAGGAUCGGAUGUCUUUUGGUCUCCCCUCCGUGGAGAUGGCAUUGUUCACUCUGGUGGGGCAGUGGGACUUGUUAUUCGCAAUGGUGGAUUUAUGCUCAGUAGAAGUUGUUCCCGCCGUACUUCUCUCACGAGUACAACAAACACGAUAAGAGGUGGAAGAGAUGGAAAACCAAUGGUGGUGGGUUGCUGUGCUUUUCAGAUGCCGACCUUUGGGACCGCCACAGCUGCGAAUUCAAAACCAUAA